GACUUCCUGCCACACAAUGAGGACUUCCUGCCACACAAUGUGGACUUCCUGCUACACAAUGUGGACUUCCUGCUACACAAUGAGGACUUCCAGCCACACAAUGAGGACUUCCUGCCACACAAUGAGGACUUCCUGCCUCACAAUGAGGACUUCCAGCCACACAAUGAGGACUUCCUGCCACACAAUGAGGACUUCUCACCA